UCGUAAAAAUCCAAGUGUCCAACAGAAAAUGAGAAAGGCAUUGCUUCGCAAAACGAAAGCAAUGUCAUGUCUUCUUCCAAACCAGUCAUCUCUUCUGUUUAAACCCGCCAUCACCCCAACCAUUUCCUCCCACCAUUUUCUCCCCAAACCUUCCAUUUUCUCUCUCCUCACUCCCCUCUCCGCUCGUCCUCAACCUCAACCUCUGGGUUUGCGAAAUUGGAAUUCGAGGACUCAAUUCCGGUGUUUAGGUAUGAGCUCCGGUAAAGAAGUUGAGUCGAUUUCGUAUUUAUCGCAGCUAGAAGCAGCGGAGAUUGACGAAAAUUUAAUGGGUCCCUUGGGUUUUAGUGUUGAUCAGCUCAUGGAAUUGGCUGGUUUAAGUGUUGCUUGUGCUAUUGCUGAGGUCUUCAAGCCUUCCGAGUAUAAGCGUGUCCUUGCAAUCUGUGGCCCGGGUAAUAAUGGUGGUGAUGGACUUGUGGCCGCUCGACAUCUAUAUCACUUUGGAUAUAAGCCAUCCAUCUGCUACCCAAAACGCACUCCUAAGCCUUUGUAUAGUGGCCUGAUGACUCAGCUUGAAUCAUUGUCUGUGCCUUUCUUGUCGGCUGAAGAUCUGCCUUUGGACUUGUCUGAUAACUUUGACAUUAUCAUCGAUGCAAUAUUUGGGUUCUCUUUUCAUGGUACCCCAAGACCACCUUUUGAUGCUCUCAUCCAGAGGCUGGUAUCCUGCCAGAAUUAUCAUCACACUGGUCUGAAGUCAACCGUCGUUGUCUCAGUGGAUAUUCCAUCUGGGUGGCAUGUUGAAGAAGGAGAUGUUACCGGUGAAGGCAUCAAACCUGACUUGCUGGUCUCUUUAACUGCACCAAAGCUAUGUGCUAAGAAAUUUGGUGGACACCACUUUGUGGGUGGAAGAUUUGUACCUCCGGCUAUUCUAGAAAAAUAUAAGCUUCAUCUGCCGCCAUAUCCAGGCACUUCAAUGUGCGUACGCAUUGGAAAACUUCCUCAAGUGGACAUUUCUUCUUUAAGAGAGAACUAUAUAUCCCCAGCCCUAUUGGAGGAGGAAGUUGAGGCUGACCCUUUUGAUCAGUUCCGCAAGUGGUUCAAUGAUGCAAUCGCUGCUGGGUUGAAGGAGCCAAAUGCCAUGGCCUUGUCAACUUCUGCAAAGGAUGCAAAACCUUCAUCGCGGAUGGUUCUGCUGAAAGGAGUUGAUACAAAUGGCUUUGUCUGGUUCACCAAUUAUGAAAGUCGGAAAGGAAAGGAAUUAUCUGAGAAUCCACAUGCCGCACUUCUAUUUUACUGGGAUGGCCUUAACCGCACGGUAAGAGUAGAAGGGCCAGUGGAAAAGGUCUCUGAUGCGGAAUCUGAACAAUAUUUUCAUAGCCGUCCUCGAGGGAGUCAAAUAGGAGCUAUUGUUAGCAAGCAGAGUAGCAUUGUUCCAGGACGGCAAUAUAUCCAGGAGGAGUACAAUGAAUUGGAGGCGAUACAUUCUGAUGGAAGGUUGAUUCCUAAACCAAAGUACUGGGGAGGAUAUCGGCUGAAACCAGUAGCAUUUGAGUUUUGGCAGGGGCAGACUUCUCGCUUGCAUGACAGGCUGCUAUAUUCUCCAGCAGAGGUUGAUGGAAAGAGAGGGUGGAAAAUUGAUCGCUUGGCUCCAUGACUCGUGCAUGCUCUAUCAGCAUUGUGAAAUACAUACUGGUGUUGUCAUUGUCUUUUGCAACUUUCUACUGUGGUAACCUCAAACUUGUAAGCAUUUCUUAUACUAUUCCUGUUUUUCAAAAGUUUCCUGCUUCUUUUUUGCACUAUUAUCAUUUAUACAUCUCUACUUUCUGCAUGCUUCCUAGCACUAAUAUUUUCUUUUUUUAAAAAAAGGAUUGUUAUCUAGAGGAAGAAAUAAUUAUUGCGGCUACGUUAAUUAGUCGCUUUAAUUGGUAGAUUGUUGUCUAUUAUGUGUAAUUGUUAUGAUUA